CUGGCGUUGAGUCUUUCUUGUAACCUCACGGUUUUCGUAAGCAGCCAACAAAAUGGUGGAAGGUUCCGCAACGAUCCGCACUCGCAAAUUUAUGCGCAACCCGCUCUUGUGCAGAAAACAGAUGGUCGUCGAUGUCUUACAUCCAGGCCAAUCCUCCGUGAGGAAAACCGAUAUUCGUGAGAAGCUCGCCAAGAUGUACAAAGUCACGCCAGACGUGGUCUUUGCCCAUGGCUUCAGGACUGACUUUGGUGGUGGCAAGUCGACUGGCUUUGCCCUGAUCUACGACACCCUGGACUUUGCGAAAAAGUUUGAGCCCAAAUACAGGCUCCAGAGACACGGUCUAUUUGAAAAGCAGAAGCAGACCAGAAAACAGAGGAAGGAAAGAAAGAACAGGAUGAAGAAAGUCAGAGGCACGAAAAAGACCAAAGUUGGAGCUACCUCCAAGAAGUAAACUUGAUUACAUGGUCAUCUGUUUGGUUCUCCUACUCACAAGGAAUACAUGGCUAUGGAGAAGAAAACAUCCAUUGUGUGCACAGAAAUGCAUCUCCUCAACAUACAGAUCACAUUUGUUCAUUCCCAUCGAACUUUAUUCUAUUUUUGUUUACUUAAAAGUAUUUAAAAACUACAAAAAUUAUAUUAAUAGUAUAAUUUGA